CAACUUUCCGGAUUAUUUGCCGUUAUCUGUUAACAUUAAAAAUAUAGCAUGUGUAAUAUAAGGGCAUUGUUAUCUCACCCGCAUUGUUGUAAGACUAGGCUUUCUCGAUGUUUUCAAUAAAAAAUUAUUACAAAUUCAGUAGUAAAUUAACGCUCGAAUGAGGUGUUUAGAAUGAAUCUCUGGAUUACAAAAGGAGUCACAUUUUGCCUCCACCAAAGUUCUAAAAAUGUAUCUAUGCGUUUUCGCGCGCUACUUUUACGGAUUUUAUUUUUAAGCAUACUGUGUACGUUAAGUUCAGCCGAUUUCUUAGAACAGCGUGGACAACUAACUACAGCUACGACUAUUCAUCCCUUUAAUUUGGGGUUUUAUAGCAAACCCUCAAGUAUUGAAUCAGGCAGAAUCACCAUAAAACGAUCUGCACCUUCAAAAUAUUACUCAGCCUACAGACGACUCAAAUAUAAGCCACGAAGAACGUUUCCUUUUGAAUAUUUCGAUUAUGAUUACGACUAUUGGUUGCCCCCAAGACUAAGAGACAGAGUACGAAAUCGCGUUAGAAGACCGACAGGUUUUGAGGACGUCAAUUAUUAUGAAUAUGAUGAAGGAUUCAGACCUCAUAAAUGGAAAGGACAAAGAAAGGGUAAUAGAAAUUCAAAUAAAAAAGGGUCAAGUUUUUAUAGCGAUGAAGAUUUAAGCGAGGAAGUAGAGAGGGUUACCCCGAUCAUUAAACCCAGGCAACGACAAACUACCACGGCCACCACCACCGAAGAACCAACAACUCUGCCUAGUAUGGCCAACGUCACUAACGCCACCACUUCUAGUACUACAGCUACGCCAAGCACGACUCUCUCGUCUGGAUAUGGCUAUGGACCCAGCUCCAACGUGAAUGUUAGCAUAACUUAUGGUCCACCCUCCAUUCCCAAACCUCUAUAUGGUAUUCCAGGUGCCUCACCAGGAGCUCCUAUAGGGUCCUGGGUACCCAGUUUCGGUUCUAGUUUGUCCUAUCCAGCCGAUUCUAGCUAUUAUUUUCACCCUUCAAAUGAUCGACCAAUCAGGCCCUCCCAUAAAGACUACACUGUCCACAAUGCUGAUAAUUCUUAUAAAACACAUUACCAGAUACCCCAUCAGACUAGUUAUCAAUUAUCAGGGUUUGAUUCCGGACCGCCAAACAGCUAUAGCUUCUCUUCGAAGGCUCACUCAGGAAGGUAUCAUAAUUAUCAUUUGGACAAUGAUUGGCUCAAACAGACAAAAACGGAAAAGCAUCUGGAUAACCAGUAUCUACAGAGCCACAUUAUAUGAUUUGAACGAGUAUUUUUAUUUUCAUUGAAACUAUACUUCACUGUAAAACAGGUGCUGGCUAUUAUUCGUCUAUCACAAAUAAAUAUUUUAAUUCUUCACUUUUGUCUCAACAUCUAGCCCAGUCUAAGUAUAGAUUAAGAAAGCUGAAUAUACAGGGUAAGUACGUUUGUUUUGAGAAGCGCGCAAAAAUGAUAAAUCAAAAAAAUCCGGGGAAGUUUAAGAUAUACAAUUUAAUAUUAUUUUUGUGUAUCGUGUUUUAUAGAAGUGUAGCGAAUAUAACAUAUUUAUAUGCUUUUUUAAGUAACGCACUAUUUAUUAUUUUAAUUUUAGAUUGUACGUAAAAUUUAGUAACUUUUUUAUAUAUAAUAUUGAAUACCUAAAAUUAGUACUUUACAAUAGUUUAAUUUCUUUAAAAAAAUGUCAAAUUCUGUUUUUGUGGGUCCGCCAACUGUAAACCAGCCAAAUUAGUUGUUUAUUUCAAUUAUUUUCUUUACAUAUUUUAAACACGUAACAAUUAACCACCAAUUAACACUAUCUGAGCAUACGAAAUAUAAACACGGAAAGAAACUUUUAUUUUUGUGGUAUAUUAUAAAAAAUUAAAGCUAUAAAAGCGCAAAUGGACGGUUUCCCGCUGAUGUGAAAAAAGAUAUCGGUAAAUUACAAGGACAGGAAAGAAUGUAUGUCCCUCAUUAUAUUCAUAAAUUAUCGUUAGUUCAUAUAUAUAUAUAUAUCGGUCACACACGCAGUCAAAUAUAAUUUAUAGAGAAUUUAAUACUGAUAGAAAUGUAAAACUUUGAACUUGUCCAGAACCAGUAGACCUAAAUAUCUAUAUUAUUAAAAAAAAGUCAACGCUUAGUCGCAAUGAGUAUAAACUUUAGGCCGGCUGACAAAAAUAAUAAAAAAAAACAUAAUUGUGCGUAGAUAAUAUAAGGGUGCAUAUGGGGAGGGUGCCAUGCCAGGUGUGCUCUAUGAAGACUCGCUAAGUGUAGCAACUCGUACACGGGGUAGAAUCACAUAGCCGUAGGUACGGUAGUUUUGUUGGGAAAUAUUUAAAUGGAAAAUUUAAAAAAUCAUUCAAAACUACCGAGGUGACUGUUAAUUUUAACCUGGCGCGGAUACUUUUUCCCGUGCAUCUGAAGGUCUACAAAUCGGUAACAGCUGAAAAAAGACACGAGCGUAACAUUUCGAAAAACGACGCUAGGUAUAUAAAUUUAAUAUCGCGCUUAUCGCGGACCUCCGAUAAAAAUAAAAGAUGAGAAUAAAUAGAAAUCGGGACGCGGUUUACAGACUGAACACAUGGGACCGACGAAAAGACAGUUGGGCGAGAAAACGUGUGCUAAUGAUGGAGUUUAUUUUGAGACACAUUUAAAACAUAUUAUUUUCUAAAUUAAGAUCGCGAAGACCCCCGAUUGAGGUUGUUCUUUUCGCGUGUUUUAUUUUGCUAAAACGUACACACGGCCAGU